AUGAUUCCCACCGCAAAAUGCCUCGCCCAGCGACCGGGCUUCGUCAAGCGGAGUGCGGAGGAGCUGGCGCGGUUCACGAAGAUGGCAUGGAACCUCGAAACCCUCUCCGUCCCAUAUAAGCCCUACUACCUCCUCGAUUUCACAGACCAAAACACUGUCGCAGCCUGCAAGACCAUGGCAGAUCGUGCUGUUGGCGGUUACAGCACCGCAAACCUAGAUUACGUCCCCGCUGACCCCGCCACGAAUACCCCCGCACACGCCCGCUUUCAUGGGACCAUAUCCACCAAGCUGCCACAGAAUUGGAAGAUUCAGAGGUCGGGCUACGCUGCUUUCCGCAACCAAGACAGGGGCUUCUGGCUAUUCGGCCGCCUGUACUGGGACGUGGACCCGUAUACCUACCUUGCAUUACGGGUCAAGUCCGACGGACGCAGAUACAAAGUGAACAUCCAGACCGAUUCCAUCGUUGAAUCCGACAUCCAUCAACACCGUCUCUUUACCCACCACCACCGAACUCCCCGCUUGUCCUCCGCAUCAUCCUCCUCGCCCGAAGAUAUAACAUCCUAUUCCUCUGAACAAGGCGAAGUCGUCCCCGCCGCCCUAGCCGACUUACCCGCCGAAAACCCAUCCUACCCAUCCAAUGCAUACUCCCACACAACCGACCCAACCACCAAUCCCGACUCCACAGGCUGGGAAACAGUCCUAAUCCGCUGGAACGACUUUGUGCGCACAAACCUGGGCUUCGCGGUCGAGCCGCAGACGAGUUUGCUACGGCAGCGCAUCAAGUCUAUCGGCAUUGGAUUGACGGAUCGUGUUGAGGGGCCGUUUGAUUUGCGCAUUCAUCGGAUGUGGGCGACGAAUGGGUUGUCGGAGGAGGAAAUGGAGGAGGAGAGGAGGGUGUGUGGGUUGAAUGCAUUGCAGAUGACGGGCAAGGAGUGGGCGGCUGCUGGUAUUGAGAGGCCGUCUUUGGCGGAGCAGGAGGGGGAGGCGUUGAGUAGGUUGAAGGGGUUGAAGAAGCGGAAAGAUGAGGGGGAUGCUGGAGGGGAGAAGGAUUCCUUUUAG